AAAGGUUAAAAAACGUAUUUUAGUGAACCCAAAAAAGUAGUCUUCAUUCAACUUCAAGUAAAUGUUUUGAAACCUUACUGGAUGACUCAAAGCUGCUGAAUCAUGAUGGCAGGCGUUCAACAACCAAAGCGGUUUAUCAAUUGGCCAACUAAUGUCGACCUUUUCCCAAUGAGGAUUUGUUCCUAAUGACUUAAAACCUGGAAAAAUAGUCCCACCAAACCCUCCCCCCCCCCAAAAAAAAAAACAAGUUAAUGCACAUUGUUUUAGUUUUUGUGAACUUCAAAGACAAUUUUGUAAAAAUAAUUUAGGUUUGAAUAAACGUAACACGUGUUAUAGAAAACUUGAUUGACAUUUUCAAAUCUUUGAUGAACUUUCGGUACUUUUCAUAAAACAUUUCAUAAAAACAAUGUUCGUGUUUAGGUAAGCUACAAAAAAAAAUUGUCUUUAGAAAAUUUACCUUAUCUUGGUCUUUAAUAAACAUCAUGUGCAUCAUUUCGUAAACUUCAAAGUCUUUCAUUUUCAACAACCCGAAUAUACGUACGUAUUUUUGGAAACAGUCACCAGUCUCGGACAAAUCUAACGGAUGUUUUUGGAUGCAAAAAAACCCCAAAACAGUUUCAUCUUCACAAAACACCGUACUAGUUUUCCUAAAUAUCAAAAUUGUCCUCAAGAAACUUCAUGUUCGCUUUCCGGAAGACCGACUGAAAACGAUUGUUUUCAACAAAUCUAAAAUACGGAUUUUUGUAUUCCUGACUGACAGUCAAGAGUUUUAGACAACUCAGUGGGCCAUUUCAUCUUCAAAAAAAAUUCAAUAUCAUCAGCCUCUUAAAACAAAGUCAAAUUUUGACCGUUGAAAUGUUUUUGCUUUCUGCUACGAUCGUCUCCAUCCUCAGGUCAAUGGAUGAUUCAAUUUUACCCUUGAAAUGAAGUUUUUAAUCAAAACGAUGCUAUCAGUAUUUGGUUCUGUUUUUUUGUGUGUUUUCUGGAGAAGAUUAUUUGAGGAAAGUGAUAUCACAUCCAAGACAAAACAGGCAUCUAUUUCAGAACGUAUCCAUUUUCGUAAACAAAGUGUCAUUUUCGCUUCAUAUGCCUUGACUUGUUUUUCUUUUCACAAACAUCAAAGACAAAUUCCACUUGAAUCACGUCAACAUCGUUGACAAUUUUCAAACAUCGCAUGACUCAAAGAUGUUUUUUCCCCCCCACAUUUAUUCAGAAGCAAUUGCGGAUGCCUUUCGAGUGCUGACUAAUGCUGAGACGAGUCGCCCGGCAAAAGCGGUUUAUUUGCCCGGCUGCCUCACAUCGCCCCCUUUUUUUUUUUCCCCAAAUGAGGAUUUGCGCCUGACGCGGACCCUCAACCUUAAUUCCCUGCAAAUGAAUCCCCCAAUUUCACAUUCCAGACCGGCCACGGAGUUCUUAGAGAAAGCGCCUUUCUUUCCAGUCGCGCUGGGAUGUCGGCCAAUCGCUAAUCCCGACCCAACCCAACUCACCACCCGAUAAAAGCGCCCAGGUGUGGGCUUGGCUCUCACAUGCGCACGAUGUUCCUCUACCAGCUCCUCAGCUUCUUCUUUGCCACCUCCAAGAAGGAGGAGGAGGAGGAGGAGCGCGGCUCAGGCUACGACCUGUCCCAGUACAAGAGGGGCGACCUCCUGGAGGUACCCCGGACCCUCUUCACGCAUUUUGGCAUCUACCUGGGCGACGGCCGGGUGGCCCACCUCAUCCCGGACAUUCUGCCGGUCGUCACGGGCAACAAGGCAGCCGUGGCCAAGAUGGUGACCAACAACCGCUUGCUUCUGGGCGUGGUGGCCAAAGCGGCCAGCGUGCGAGUGGAUUCGCUGCGCGACUUUGCUUACGGCUCCCCGGUGCUGGUGAACCGCAUGGACGGCGUGUGCAAGCAGCCGCCGCUGGAUGCCGACGAGGUGGCCAGGAGAGCCGAGAAGCUGCUGGGGGCGGUCGCCUACAGCCUGCUGUGGUAUAACUGCGAGCACUACGUCAUGUACUGCAGAUACGGCAUGGCCAUCAGCUACCAGACGUACCAGUUCUGCACGACGGUGCGGAAGAUUGUGUGCAGUCGCACCAGCUCAUACGUUACAGCCUUGUGCGGCGCAGUUGUCCUGCUUUACCUCGGCUGUGCCACCCCCAUCACCAUUUUGGCCACACUGCUGCUGUCUUUCACCAUCUGGAUGGCAGCCUAGACAGGCCUGAGCCCCCCCCCC